AGUCACAAAAAUAUCAAUCGGUAUAAAUUGAAUAAUGCCGUGGCACGACACAAUCUUUUCUCACUGGAUGCCUCCGUGCUUACAGCACUCUCUGGCUGCCAGAGGCGAACAGGAGGACCGCGUUGGAGCAUGCUAAUGGCGAAGUGGGGAAAAGUUCUGGAUGGUGCGCGCGGCUCUAGUCAGCCUGGGGCACGGAGUGGCGGCGCCAGUGGGGCGAUGAUCAUGAAGAGUGUUUCCAUAUUCCUGGCGAGCGGCAGACGUGCCUCGAACAACAGCAAGGCUGCGGGUGCCACGGACAAAGGCAACCAGAGUGGAGCCCAAGGUGCCUCCACGAGUGGUGAUCCCACGAAGAAGAGACGGAAGAAGCCCAAGCCACCGAUGGAGGACGCGUCGGGCAAGAUUAAUCCCAAACUCCUCGAGUCACUCAAGAAGAAGACACACUUUUCCAAGAUUGAACUGGAGGCACUGUGUCGCAUCUACAAAAAACUCGUUACAAAUUGUCACGUUACAUCGAGAGUUCUGGCAGCCAAUAAUCCGGGUUCGGUAAUUGCGAAGCCUCAUGCCACCAUCGAGGGCAUCGACCGAGCGGUUUUCCGGGAACUCCUACACAGCACAUUCGACAUUGUCACGGAAGAGACGCUGAUGGAGAGGAUUUUCUGCGCUUGGGACACAGGAUUCGAGGGAAUGCCACUGAGACUCGAGGGAUGGAUAAUUGGCUUAUCGAUCUUCCUGCGAGGAUCUCAAGCGGAGAAAGUGGCUUUCUGCUUCCGAGUGUACGACCUAAACAGCGACGGUUUCAUUACACGAGACGAAAUGUUCAUCCUGUUGAGGAAUUGCCUGAUAAAGCAGCCUCAGGAUGAGGAUCCGGACGAGGGUGUUCGUGAUUUAGUAGAGAUUGCACUCAGGAAGUUUGACAACGACAAGGAUGGUAAAGUGAGCUUUCAGGACUUCCAGACGGCUGUCACGGAGGAACCCCUUCUCCUGGAAGCUUUCGGACAAUGCCUCCCUUCAGAGAGUGCAACUAUUUCCUUCCUCUCCACUCUCCAGGCUUGAGCCACAAACUGUCUAUCCGCAGGCGAUUUAAUUCGAAUGCAACACUGUUGGUUUACCAGUCAAAAAAUACUCAUAAUCAAUAAGUUCAACAUUUGAUUGCGAUAAAGUGAAUAUCUUAGGACCUAAUGAGAAAUGUAAUGUUUAAAUAUGGAAAUUGUUAUUGUUGAGAAGCGUAAUCCAUCUAAAUGAGGAGGUAAAAACUCGUCAUACGAUAAAGGCGAAACUAACAUUAGGAGAUGACGAUAAAUAUUUGAAAAUUAUACGCAACGAGUCAUUAAAAUGUUCAAUGUCAAGUGCUCAAUGUAAUUUCUCCUACAGCGUUUUUGGGGAACAUUUCCUGACAGCAAUCAUUCUCCUGAUAUAGAAGCUCAUCUUCAUGGUGAAUCGUAGAGAUGAAUAAAAAACCGUAUAAUCGGCGAUUUGAGUGUUACGGAAGGGGAAACCCGCGAUCGCGAGAUUACACUAUACUGAAAGCGAGUUAAUAUUAUACAAAUUUCGUUCCACAUUUGCAGACACUCCCGAAGAUCACCCAUGAAUGAAGUUUCCAUCCGAUCAGCGGCUUUUAACCUUGAAUGAAAGUUUCAUAGACGGUCUCUUACUAUUUUCAUUUCGCACAUUGCAGUCCAUGGCAAAGUACUGCCCUGAUUGACAACGAUACGGGAAGAUUUGAGAGCAAGUGAGAUUAUCAAACAUUGUUGUACUCACUAAACUAUUCGGCAAACGUGUCUUUUGAAGGUGAGCAAUUUUGUGUGUAUUCCAUUACUGGAAAAAUAUCACAAUGUUUCAACUUCAAGAAUCAAGGUUGGUCGAGUUGAUGGGCAUUUGCAACACCACCUACUGAAUGGAAAUUCUACACGCUUUACAUCAAAUUCUCGUGCGUGAAUCUCUCUUUCUUCAUCGUCUUGAUGUCUUCCUGCCUUGCAUAUUAUUGCAGUUUAUUUGCACAGUU